GCCGCGCCGCGCGCAACCGCAGCUCCGGGCAUCCGCCGCCUCCUCUCUCCUCUUCCUUCCGAUGGGUCGCAAGGUCAAAUCCAAGAGGAUUAAGAGGACCGCGCCCAAGAAAGCUGAAGCUGCAUCAUCUUCCCUCCCUGCGGUGCCUGCUGGCCCAGCCAGGGUAUGGCAACCUGGUGUGGAUGAACUGGAAGAGGGGGAGGAACUCCAGUUUGAUCCUGAGGCUUACAAUUAUAUCCGAGGGUUUAACAUUGGUUGGCCAUGCUUGAGCUUUGAUAUUGUGCGUGAUCAACUUGGGCUUGUCCGAUCAGAGUUCCCACAUACAUUAUACGGCAUUGCUGGAACUCAGGCUGAGAGGGCUCCAUGGAAUUAUAUCGGCAUUUUCAAGAUUUGCAACAUAAAUGGGAAGAAGCGGGAACCUAUACCAGCAUCAGCAGUUGAUGGCGGCAGUGAUAUGGACAGUGAAAGUAGUAGUGAUGAAGAAGAUGAAGCAGUUAAUGAAGAUACAAUGUCCAUUUUACAUCUGAAAAAGGUGGCUCAUGCGGGGUGUGUAAAUAGGAUACGCUCAAUGACUCAGGAACCACAUCUAUGUGCAACUUGGGGAGACACAGGUCAUGUUCAGGUAUGGGACUUCAGUUCCUUCCUUAAUUCGUUAGCAGAGUCUGGAGCAGUUGCACACAAUGAAGAAGACAGAAUCCAUAAUCACGUACCUGUGAAAAUAUUUGGUGGCCAUAAAGAUGAAGGCUAUGCAAUUGAUUGGAGUCCACUUGUUACUGGAAGGCUUGUUUCUGGUGAUUGCAAUAAAUGCAUCCACCUGUGGGAGCCGACUUCAAACAGUUGGAAUGUCGAUCCAAAACCAUUUGUUGGGCACUCUGCAAGUGUUGAAGAUUUGCAGUGGAGUCCCACAGAAGCCGACAUAUUUGCCUCUUGUUCAGUUGACAAAACAAUAUCUAUCUGGGAUAUACGGACAGGGAAGAAACCUUGUAUUGCUGUUAAGGCUCACAAUUCUGACGUGAAUGUCAUCUCAUGGAACCGGCUUGCUAGCUGUAUGAUAGCUUCAGGAUGUGAUGAUGGAAGUUUCUCAAUUCGUGAUCUAAGGUUAAUCAAGGAUGAUUCCUUGGUAGCACAUUUUGAAUAUCACAAGCAACCAAUUACAUCUGUGGAAUGGAGCCCACAUGAACCAUCAACAUUAGCUGUAUCAUCAGCUGACCAUCAACUGACAAUUUGGGAUCUUUCAUUGGAAAAAGAUGCUGAAGAGGAGGCAGAGUUCAGGGAGAAGAUGAAAGAACAGGCAAAUGCUCCUGAAGAUUUGCCCCCGCAACUUCUCUUUGUUCAUCAGGGCCAGAAAGACUUGAAAGAGUUGCACUGGCACCCACAGAUACCUAGUAUGAUCGUAUCUACGGCAGGUGAUGGAUUCAAUAUGUUGAUGCCCAGCAACAUCGAUACAACCAUUCGAGAAGCUGACACGUAGAUUUCCACAGCACUGUUCAUCUGAAUCCAGGUUUCAUGGAUUGAAAUUUCUUUGGGAGAGUGUGUAGUGAUACUGCAAGUCACAUCGGUUUUUGCUAGCUUGUAUCCUAGUUUCGUUAGGUUAUCGGGAGUUGUUUAGAUGGGGCUAAACUUUUUAGCCCCAUGUCAUAUCGGAUGUUUGGACACUAAUUUAAAGUAUUAAAC